AUGGCCGAACAACUCCUCGACUCCGUACGCGACAUUGCCGAGGGCCAGAUUGACUUCGAGGGCCAGCGUCUAGCAGACCAGCUCUCUACUCUCUCCCUUAGUAUCUGUGGGGCCAUAUCAUUCAUUGUCGGUUGCCUCCUCCAAGAUAUCAAGCUAGCGGUGUAUAUUUGUCUAUCGGGUACGGUUCUCGCUUUCGUGGGCAUAAUUCCUCCUUGGCCCUUCUUCAACAGACACCCCGUUAAGUGGUUACCCGCUGGGACCGGCCUACAAUAA